AUGUUGGCGAAACUAUGGAAGUAUCCUCUUAUCAAAACAUGUGUUGCUGGUGCGAUGGGAUAUUUUGCAUGUGAAUUGGUGGAUUCAGUGGACUCGAGCCCCAUGCUUGAUGAAAAUGAAGAAUGGCGAGAGAAGCGUUCACGUUUUUAUGAAACGUAUUUUAAAAUAACCGAAAUAGCUGGCAAACGGCGUUAUAUUGAAGAAGAUUAUCGACAGAGCAUUCCCUCUGGAUCGUAUUUGAGAUGUGCGGUUGAUUCGCUGGAAAAGGCGCAUCGCAUUAUUGGCUUCGAUAGCGAUGAUAAAUUACGUAGGAAAAUUUUGCGUAAGGCACAUCGUUACGCAAUCAAAGCAAUGUGCAACGAAAAAAAUGAGGAAUUGCGGCAGAAAGCACACAAAUGGUACGAAUUCUCGAAUUUACAUAAGUGA